UCGAUCGAUCGAUCUCCUGCUUAAACUCUCGUGCCUCUGGCUCACGAUCAAAGGCCGACAGCGCGGGGCAGCCAUGGACCAGAUAGAAUCCCUGCCGGACGACGCGCUCGUGGGCAUCCUCGGCCGCCUCCCGCCGCGCGACCUCGCCGCGUGCCGCUGCGUCCGCAAGGCGUGGCGCGCCGUCAUCGACGACCGCCGCCUGCUGCUGCUCCACCUCCUCCCGCGCGCGGUGCACGGCGUCUUCUUCAACUACGGUGACCGCAUGCCGCACUUCUUCGCCCGCCCUUCCUCGACGCGGCAGCCCGCGGUCGACGGCGAUCUAGGCUUCCUGCCUUAUUACGGCGGCGCCUCCAGACAGAUCGUGGAUCACUGCAACGGCCUCCUGCUGUACCGCGACCUGAGGACCCUGUGCGUGAUCAACCCCGCCACCAGGCUCUGGGAAGAUCUCCCCUGGCUGGACGACGGCUGCGACGCGUACCUUGUGUUUGACCCUGCUGAGUCGCCGCACUAUCAGGUGUUCUCCGUCCCGCGCGAGCCCGACAGGGUGCCGCUGAACAAUGAGUCGAACGAGGGAUCUAAAGAACCCAUGGAAUCACCGCCGGAGCAGUCCGACGAAGAAGGUGAAGAACAGUCCGACGGGGAAGGUGAAGAUGAACCCGACGAAGAAGGUGACUCGCCGACAAGUUUGGCAUCACCGUCCUCCUGGACGUUAAAUGUGUUCUCAUCCAGUACAAGGCAGUGGCAGAAGAGGUUGUUUGUCCGUGAAGCCCAAGCUCUGGAGUCAAUGACCAAUAUGCCACUAGAUCAAUUAUACCCAACAUCUCCCUGGGGCCCUAAGAGGUGUAGGCAAAGUGUGUAUUGGCAAGGAUCACUCUACCUGCACUUUCAUGGUGUGUUUGUCUUGAGGUUAUCUUUAUCAGAUGGAAAGUACCGAGUAAUUGAACUGCCGACAAAUAUCGAGGAGAGUGUUGAAGUGCGUACUUAUAUUGGGAAAUCGGAAAAGGGGGUGUACUUUGCAGCAAUUCAUGAUGGAGACCGACCUCAGGUUUGGAAUCUCAUGGAAUCAAGUGAACGGAUAGAUUGGAUGUCGAAGAAACCUAUUGAUAUUGACCUAUCGGUAUCUGCAAUUGUACAAUCUGGCUGGUCAGACCAUUUUGAGGUAACUGGAAAAACUUGGAUUUUCGAUGAUGUUAAUGAUGUGGAUGGCAAUAAUCGCAAGAUAAGGAUUGAAAAUUUGGACUGGGACUCCGAUGAUGAUAACGUUGUGAACAUUGAAGAUUGUUCUGAAUAUUUUGGCAGCCAUGUCUUCUUUCUCGGGUUUCAUCCCUACAAAGAAGUUGUUUUCUUGGGGUUAAGAUCAUACAGACGAGUAGUUGCAAUGGCUUGCCAUUUGAAUAGCAUAAAAAUUCAGUAUCUGGGCAGACUACACCCAAGAAAUUACAUCUGUGACGACUACAUUCAAGGACCAUUUUUUUACACUCCAUGCAUGAUUGGUUAUCUUCUAAAACGCUUCAAAGAAUAGUGCAUUCAGGCUGCAUACGGUCUAAAUAACAACACCCUCUAGUCUUUGGAUGCAGUAUCGAUCAGAUAAGGGAUACAUUUAUGUAGGGAAAUAUCAUUAAAUUAUGUACUUGUUUUACGGAAACAUCAAGAUUAGGAUUCAACUGUGGAUCUCUCCUUGAUAUUUAUGCUCUCAGUUCUGGGAAUAUGUAUUUAUGUGUGCUUAGACAA